CGAACUCUUUCCAACUGUCAACCACAUCCUCUUCUCUCCCCCAGACUCUCUAUUCGUGGCUCACCUCACCAGGCAGAGCACUUACAUUCGUUUAAACCUUACCAACGAUAUCGAACUCUCUAUUCUGCAUAACAAUCCUCUUUGCCAACCCCGCGACUGUUUCGCACCCUUUUUCGCUGGUCUCAAAGCUCUUACUUCCCUGCCGGCCAGAAAGGAGUAGACUUACACCUCAGCCUCACUCUCUGCGCACUUCGCACUUCACAUCCUCUCACCAGCCUGACCCAAAGCCUCACACUCUCCGUCCUCCGUCUCACGCCGAGUCUAUCUCAACCUUUACUCGCCCAAAACCGCGGCAACUGCAAAGCCGACGUAUACCAGCGGCCUGGACCUGAUCUCGACCCGUUUACGCCUCGCUGAACCUCUGCUCUUCUCGAACAUAAUCGAGACUCUCUACGGAGUACUCUCAACCUCUUCACCUCAUCGGGCUGAAAUAAACCACGUUCUAUCAAUCCAUCGUUCCCUCCGGCGAUCGAUCUCCCUGACGACGAGUCGGUCGCCUCGCUACCAUGUCGUCCCAGAGCAACAGCAGCAAUUCUCCCCCGCCGCGUGUGCCUCCUCAUAUUCGAUUGAACUCAGGGCAAGAUGAUCUGGUCAGUGGAGAUCUAAACAGCUCUUCCCGGACGCUUGUACCUACAGCCUCUCGACCUGGAACCUCCCCUCGCUUAUACACCGGCGACCCACUCCGAGAUUCUUCUGAAAGAUUAUUACCUCCUGGCCGUAGUAGAUUGCGGGAUGAUGGCUCUCAGUCUCCUCUCAGGUCACCGUCGAGUUUUUCGUCCCGACGAUCUAGUUGGGAGUCGGAUCGAAGUCGAGACAGUCGAGGCUUUGAGAACCCAUUCAGGGACUCGAGUCAAUCUAGACCAGGCUCAAGAGCUGGAAGCGAGGAUAAUGAUGUGAACACUCAAACAGUAUCAGAAAAAUACAAUAUUCUGCCGUCGGCAGGUCUGCUGUUAUUUCCGGAGGACGUUGAAAAGGACGACUAUUUGCACAACCCUGAUCCCAACGGAGAGCCACGAGAUUGUGAUAUCUUCACGAAACGAGGUCUGGUCAACGUUGGUGGAUUGGCAUUUAUUGUUAUCGGCAUCCUGGUCUUGUUCAUCGGAUACCCAGUUCUGACCUUCGUGCAAGGUAUAACAAACCCACCUGAUCCUUGCAAGCAGGGUAUUGGAUGUGUGGGUAAUGGGAAGCUUCCUUUACUAACAAACAUGCGCACGGGUCUCAUUGACCCCGACACUCCUGCGUCUGCAAAGACCAAGACAGACUUCCACGGAAACACAUGGAAUUUGGUGUUUUCUGAUGAAUUCUCAAAGCCCGGAAGGACAUUCUACGAAGGCGAUGAUCCAUACUGGACCGCCGUAGAUAUUUGGUAUGGUGUGACAAGAGAUUUGGAAUGGUACGACCCUGAUGCUGCUACAACCGCCGACGGUGUACUGGAACUGCGCUUUGAUGCUUUUCAAAACCACGGGUUAAAUUACCGCUCCGGGAUGCUUCAGUCAUGGAAUCAGUUAUGUUUCAAGGGUGGAAGGUUAGAAGCCAGCAUCUCCUUGCCUGGUCGAGGUGAUACUGUUGGCUUCUGGCCGGGUUUCUGGUCAAUGGGUAAUCUGGGUCGACCUGGAUAUGCAGCCACCACAGACGGUCUAUGGCCGUACUCUUACGACGAUGUUUGCGAUGCCGGCAUCACACCCAACCAAAGUUCACCAGAUGGUAUAAAUUACCUACCUGGUAUGCGCUUACCGGCUUGUACAUGCAGUGGAGAAGACCACCCAAGCCCUGGAAAAUCUCGGUCUUCUCCCGAAAUCGAUGUCAUCGAAGCCACUGUGGGCACGCUCGAUCAGGAGGGCAAUGAAAUCGGCAUGGUGUCGCAGUCGUUCCAAGUUGCACCAUUCGAUAUUUGGUAUCAACCCAACUACGAUUUUGUCGAGGUAUACGACUUCUCGGUUACCGCCAUGAACACGUACAAAGGAGCACCUCUGCAGCAAGCUGUCUCGGGCAUCUCAAAUCUCAACAAUCAAUGGUAUGAUGGAAAUGCUUACCAGGUGUACGCUUUUGAAUAUGAGCCUGGUUCAAACGGAGAAAUCAUCUGGUACGUGGGGUCAGAUCCUGUCUGGCGUCUGAAAGGCGAAGCCUUGGCUCCCAACGGCAACAUUGCUCAGCGUGUCAUUCCUGAGGAGCCCAUGUCCAUCAUUGUCAACUUUGGUAUGUCGUCUGGUUUCUCGGCGCUCAACCUGACUGGGUUGGCGAAAUUGAUGCCUGCAAAAAUGAGGAUCGACUACAUACGAAUCUAUCAGGACGACAGUGGUGAAAUGUCAUGCGAUCCCGACGGCUACCCCACGACCGAGUACAUCAACAACCAUUAUGAUGUGUACCACAACCCGAAUAUUACUAUGUGGGAAAACACCGACUACGCUUGGCCCAAGAACAAACUGAUGAACGAUUGCUAAUAUUAAUGCUUAUAAUUAUCUCUUGCGCUCAGCCUCGCUGUCAGCAUCGACUGGCAUGUACAGAUGUCUUUUUUUUAUGUCCUCGUGAAGAAUUAGCGGCAUGACGAAUCAGCACAGCGGCGUUUCAAAUUUUGUCAGCACCAGUUUUCUUGGGACAAGGUUGUCUUUUUGUGGUAUAUGGAGUUUCCUCAUUGCUGGCGUGGGGGAACCUUCGAAAUCUUUGUCUGAAAAAAAAAUUACGACCAAAGGAGGGAACUCAUGAAUUCUGUUCCCGAUACACUCCGGCGACUCAAACAUUUUUAGAAAGCAAAAGUGUGGUCUUUUCUAUCCCGUUCACACCGACCUACAUCCAUGACACUACCAAAGGGGAAGAUUGGAAUGAAAAGAAAUUCAGGGGGCAUCGCGUGAUGAUGCUCCGGGGGGGGUUAGGAUAGCAGCAGAAAUGGCCACAGGUCUUGUCUUCUUGGGCCUUGACCUUGACCUUGACUUUUAUCAGAGGCUUUUUUCUGCACUAGAUAUAAGAAAAAUUCCGCCGACUCUACGGGGUACAAAGCGUGCACACACUUAUCAAUGGAAAGAUACAAUUCAAAAAAAA